AUGUCUGGUGUCAGUGAAGCGUUAAGUAAGUUGAGCUUCAGCAGCAGCAGCAGCAGCUCCGAUGAUUCCAGCCCAAGCGCCUUGUCCAUAGGCGACAGGGUCUGCGAAAUCCGCGAUGUUUGGGCCUCCAACCUCGUGGAAGAGUUCUACACCAUCAGGCGCCUGGUACAAAAAUACAAGUACAUCGCAAUGGAUACCGAGUUCCCUGGCGUCGUAACGCAGCCCGUUGGAACAUUCCGAAGCCUCACCGACUAUCAAUACCAAAUGAUGCGUUGCAAUGUGGACUUGCUCAAGAUUAUCCAGCUGGGAAUCACCUUUUUUGACGAGCAUGGUAACAAGCCAGAAGACAUCUCUACCUGGCAGUUCAACUUCAAGUUUUCCUUGUCGAAAGACAGGUUCGCACAAGACUCCAUUGACCUCCUGGUCAAGUCCGGUAUAAAGUUUCGCAGGCAUGAAGUGGAAGGCAUCGAGCCGUAUGAGUUUGCCCAGUUAAUGAUGGUUUCAGGACUCGUUUUAUUAGACGAUGUUAAGUGGCUCACUUUUCACAGUGGCUACGACUUCGGCUACCUGUUGGAGAUGCUUACCGGUGAAAACCUGCCCGUGGCUGAGACAGAAUUUUUUGAGGUACUAAAACUUUAUUUUCCAUGCAUUUACGACGUAAAGUACCUGAUGAAGAGUUGCGGAAAUCUCAGAGGAGGCCUGCAGGAAGUGGCUGAGCAGCUCCAGAUCGAAAGGGUUGGAUUACAACACCAAGCGGGAAGCGACAGCUUGCUUACCGGGGCGACCUUUUUCAAGAUCCGAAAAGUGUUUUUCCAGGACAAGCUGGACGACGCAAAGUUCUGCGGUGUCUUGUACGGUCUGGGCGCCUCUUACGGCACGUAUGGCGACCAAACGUUCGAAGUUCACGCAAGUGCAAACCAUAUUGCUCAGAUGCUAUCGAGGUCCCCUUUGGCCGUCUAUUCGACACCGGUCUCCAGGAACGCCGUGAACUGA